GAGAGGCGGUGAUCGGUCGACGCGAAUUCGAAUACAACAUUUAAGAGCCAACGACAUUGACGAAAUUGAAUUUGUGCUCCACAGAACAGGCAUACCUCACAGGAACAUUGUCUCUCUGGCAUUCCGAUAAUUUGUCAUUUGUUGCGACGAAGUGGUUCGGCGGGAGAAGACUGGAACGAAUACGAAUAAGAAACGAUCGGACCACAUACCCAGCCACAGUCAACGUACCUUCAGUGGCGACAGAUAAGCUUAUCAAGUCACAAGCCACAGAAAGCUCUCGGCUAUCGCCCCGUCGAGAAUCCUCACCACUCACCCCACGUCCCUUCGCAAAGCAAACCAUCAGAUCAGAGCCUCGAACCGAAACCACCACCACAAACACAACCCCAUCGGAAAAUGCCGCCACCCCAAAUCAAACAAGACCUGAACCGCUCCGGGUGGGAAUCGACCGAUUUCCCCUCAGUCUGCGAAAACUGCCUGCCCUCGAACCCCUACGUCAAGAUGCUCAAAGAGGACUACGGCGCCGAGUGCAAGCUGUGCACGCGGCCCUUCACCGUCUUCAGCUGGUCCGGGGACGGGCGCGCGCACGGGCGCAAGCGCCGCACAAACAUCUGCCUGACGUGCGCGCGACUCAAAAACGCCUGCCAGUGCUGCAUCAUGGACCUGCAGUUCGGCCUGCCCAUCGUCAUCCGCGACAAGGCGCUCGAGCUGAUCGCCCCCGGCCCGCAAAGCGAGAUCAACCGCGAGUAUUUCGCCCAGAACAAUGAGAGAGCUAUUGAGGAGGGCCGUGCCGGAGUGGAAGAGUACGAGAAGAGUGAUGAGAAGGCCAGGGAGCUGCUCCGCCGCCUCGCGCAGAGCAAGCCGUACUUUAGGAAGGGGCGGGAGGUGGAUUCGGAGGGGAAUGUGGUUCCAUCUUCUGGGAGUGGGAGUGGCAGCGCGACUGGAGGGAACCCGGCUGUGGGUGCCGGACUGGGUGGCGUCGGCCCGAUAAGGACGAGGGACUCGAGGGCGGCAGCCGCGGCGGGCGCGAGACCUGGCGGUGGUGCGAGGAGAGGACCACUUGGAGCGAGCGCGCCGCCGCCAGGACCGAAAGAUUGGUUGCCCCCCGCGGAUCGCAACAUCAUGUCACUGUUUGUCACGGGAAUCGAAGACGACCUCCCCGAGCACAAGAUUCGCGACUUCUUCAAGGUGUUUGGCAAGAUCCGGUCGCUCGUGGUUUCGCACAUGACGCACUGCGCGUUUGUCAACUACGAGACCCGAGAGGGAGCCGAGAAGGCUGCGGCCGAGUGUAAGGGGCGGGCUGUCAUCGCGGGUUGCCCAUUACGGAUCCGGUGGAGCGUGCCCAAGCCGAUUGGGACGAUGGACAAGGAGGAGCGGGCGGAAAUGUUGCGCGACGGCCGGUCUGCUUUCCCCGAGGCUAGACGGAGAGGGGGGCCGCAGCAGAAGGCUUUACAGGACGGUAGUGCGCAGGGCGCGGGUGCAGCUGCUGCCGGGCAAGACGACCUGUCUAAUCUGGCUGUUGCUGCACCGCCUGGCGCGGCCGAUGUACAAUAUGCCAGUCUGUCUGGAAACUGAAACCAUCAUGAGGUAUCUGCUUGUUGGCGCGGCGUUUGGGAGGCCUGGGUUGGGAAAUGGUCACAAAAUAUGUUUGUCUGGCGCAUUGUCAUGGCUCGGGGAGAAUCAUGUUAUGUUCUAGUGUUACAUCGAGGGGUAUCAUAGACGGCUAUACAGUACACGGCAGGCUUUCAAACCUUAUGCCUGCCUUAGCUAAUGACAUCUCGUCGUCCAUCUCC